AUGAACUCAAACAGGGCCACUAGCAUGUUGUCUUCUCUGCAUGAAUUUAGGACUCAAGAAGCUGAACAAUCUGGCGGUAAACAGUGGAACUGGAAAUAUUUAAGGGAUCAAUUUUAUCAAAAAGAUUUGGAAGGUCUAUAUAGAAGAUAUGACAAUAAGCUACGAGAAACUUUUAUUCAUAUUUACAUCUGCUUACUUAUAGUUUUCUCAACCAUUCAUAUCAUUUUAGUUGUAGUCAGUACUUAUAAUGAGCAAAUUCAGUGGAAAUCAACGUACCUGUCAAUGGGUAUGUACUUAUUGAGGGUAGCAAUUCCUGCACUAUCUCUAUGGAAAUUCUUCUACAACCCAUUAAAGAGGAAAUGGUUUUGGAUACCAAUAGUAUUCACGUGUAUAAUAACAGCAGAUCUCGUCGCAUCAGAUGUAUCAGUAGCAAUAUACAGUUAUCACGAAGGCAUACCACUGAGACCGGCGUACGAUUCAAUGGCGCUCUUAUCGGUUUAUAUUUUUUUACCCAUGAGAAACAAUAUCCUGGCGAUAUUGCUUGGUCUAAUUGUCAGCGUAAUUUACAUUAUGGUCUGCGCUUUCUUCACCUACUAUAAUGACCCAAAUAUUCAAGCAGCGGUGACAUCGGACAUUAUUUACCUGAUCGGCGUUAAUUUGAUGGGUAUUUAUUUUAGACUCAUGAAUGAAAUCGUAACAAGGCGAUCAUUUUUGGACAGACGAGCUUGCGUCGAAAGUACUUUACGACUAAAAUUUGUCAAAGAUCAAGAGGAACGCCUUAUGCUAAGUAUUUUACCAGAGCACAUCGUAUCGAAAGUACGGCAAGACAUAAGGACAAUGUUUUUAGAUAUACAAUCGCAAAGCAACACUCUCAACAUAAAAUCUUUUAACAAACUAUACGUAGAAGAACACGAAAAUGUAAGCAUUUUGUACGCGGAUGUCGUAAACUAUACGAAGAUAUCGACGACUUUGUCACCAAUGCGAAUGGUGGAGUUAUUGAAUGAGCUAUUCGGUCGUUUCGACGAAGCUUCCGAAGAAUAUGAUGUUCUAAGAAUCAAGUUCUUAGGUGAUUGCUAUUACUGUGUUAGCGGUGUACCGAAACCAAGUAAUUUGCAUGCCAAAAAUUGUGUCGAUUUAGGUCUGGAAAUGAUUAACAUAAUUAAAGACGUAAGAGAAAAACGUGCUUUGAAUAUUGAUAUGAGGAUUGGCGUACACUCUGGAAAAAUUUUAAGUGGGCUUAUUGGCAUUCGAAAAUGGCAGUAUGAUAUCUGGUCAAAAGAUGUUACUAUUGCAAGUAAAAUGGAAUCAACUGGAAAGGCGGGGAAGGUGCAUAUUACAAAACAAACGCUAGAAUUGAUCUUGGAUUUUGCACGGGAUUAUAUAAUUGAACCUAAUUUCGAAUCUCAAAACCAUCCAUUCGUGAUAAAAAAUAAGCUGGAGACAUAUUUACUUUCAAGGCCACAAAGACCUAUUUUAGAAUACAAACCAUUUCGAAGGGCAUCGGUGGGCUUUAAUAAAAUAAUUAACUCACGUUCACGCUCGAGACGAUCGGAAAAUAGGAAUUCGUUCGGAAACAUCCGUCGGACCACAUUUAUGGAUGAAAAUUUAGUCGAAUAUCAGCAAAUGUUGAAAGCAGCAGAUGCUCAAAUGGCAAAAGAAAUUGAAGAUAUGACAAAUGGCAAAGACUAUUUUAGAAAAGAAUCAAGCCUAAACAGAAUAACUUUAAUGUACAAAAAUUUUAAGUUGGAAAAAUCGUUUCUUCAAGUGCCAGAUGCUUUAUUCAAAUAUUACAUUAUUUGUUGUCUUAUUAUUUUAGUACUAAUUCUCUUAAUUAAUGGACUAACUACAAAUUGGUUCUAUGGAUUCCCAUGGUACACAUGGGCUAUUUUUGGCUCAUUAGUGACCAGCUUGAUUGUUUUACAACCAUUUAUAUGGUUCCAGUUCCUCUGGACUAAAUAUAAAGGUAUAGAUGAACCAAAAAUUCAAAUACUUCGUUGGAUUUAUGACAUAUCAGUUAAAAUUAUAAAAUCCGCAAAUAUUAAAACUGGGCUUUAUAUAUUAAUAAGUUUCGGACUUGCUGUUACUUCAAUCGUUAAUGUAAUCUCAUGCUCAAAAAUUAGUGUGGAACCUUCAACAGACACCGUUCUAUCGAACUGUGUUUCUUCGUGGCACGUUACACAAUGUUGGACUUUGGCUUUGCUUUUGAAUUUUCUGUUUAGCAGAGUGUUUUUCAUAUUUAAGUGGAUAGUAGCAGGUAUUAUGACUAUAUUUUACCUUUGGAUCGUAUGGGAAACGAAAUCAUCCCUUUUCGCUAAUGAUUUGACUUGGAAUGUUGGAUUAGACCCGAGGAUAUCGCAUACACUCAGUGUUGUAUUUAUAACUUUUACCUUAUAUUGGAUUGAUCGAACAACUGAAUAUAGAAACCGCUUAGACCAUUUAUGGCAGAUACAACUAAGUGAAGAACAAACAGAAGCGGAAACUAUGUUGAGAGUUAACAAUAUGCUUUUAGAAAACAUACUACCAGCUCAUGUUGUUCAAGUUUAUUUAGAUUUAAAUAGAUCCAUUGACGAAUUGUAUUACGAGAAAUAUGAUAAUGUUGCCGUAAUGUUUGCAUCCCUAACUGAUUAUAAGCUUGGUGUUGAAGAUGACGCAGAUUUAAGCGACAAGUUUGUUUUGAGAAUAUUGGAUGAAGUGAUUUCUGAUUUUGAUCGGUUGCUGCUGACUGGAACAUCAAUAUACAAAGUAGAAAAAAUUAAAAUGGCUGACUGGACGUACAUGGCAGCUUGUGGCUUAGAUCCAAAUCGAAGAGAAUCAAUGGAUUCCACAUCAUUAAAUUCCAUAGUAAGCAGAAAGCAAAAUAGCCCAUACAACCGUGCUAUAGUAUUGACAAUGGUUGAAUUUGCAGCGGCAAUGAUGAAGCAACUACGAAAUUUCAAUCGUGGUUCUUUUCAAAGCUUUGAGGGAUUGAACUUAAGAAUUGGCAUAUCAAAUGGGGAAGUUGCAGCAGGAGUUGUCGGCUCACUUAAACCACUUUAUGACAUCUGGGGUAAUGCAGUAAAUAUGGCAUCCAGAAUGGAUUCUACUGGAGAAGCGGGCCGAAUUCAGGUUACUGAAAAUACUGCAUUACUUUUAGACGAAUGUGGUAUUUUAACUUUAUAUCGGGGUGAAACUUUUGUGAAGGGCCGAGGAUAUAUUAAAACAUAUUUUGUACCGCUUGAUGAAAAUUUUAAUUUAAUAAAAAAGGAUCGAAGUGCUGACUACUACUAUAGCAUGGCUAACAGAAAGCGUCAUUAUAGUAUUCGAGAUGAAUAUCUAAGCGAUGUUUCAAAUGAAAGCGAUUCUAUUGAUAUACCAUCACAACCAUCGGCACGUAUUAGAAGAAAUAUAUCUAGAGACAGUAAAAUGAAUUCAAUUAAUAAUGUUAAUUAUUAUUUAAAUAAUUAUGAAGAUGAGACUGUGGAUUAUAGCCAUAGCAACUAUAACGGAGAUGAAGCAGAGGAGAACUGUGAUCUUACAGAUAAUUUUAGCUUAAGCACCCUUACGUCAAGUUCAUGUAAUUCUCCAUUAUCUGAACCAGAACUAAUAGAAACUCGAUGCUAA